AUGACAAGAGAGUUUGAAGAUAAAUUCAAACUAACAGCGGAAGAAGACGAUAUGAUCAGAAGAAUGACGCCACUUGAGCAGGAGAAGUACAAAGCACGGCGCCACGAGGAAAUACAGGCUGAAAUUGAUGCAGAGAGAAUCAAAAAAGCCAACGAAGAAAACAAGAGUGUGUUCAGCAGCAAGCCCUCUGAAGAGAUUGCUGUCAUCAAGGACGAUAUGAAUCCAAUUCAGCAGGAGUUUGUCCUUGGACGAGACACCCUAAUCAAGGGCGUCUUUAGAUCGAAUUUCAAUUUGAUUAAGGGGCUCUUUGUUCGUGUACGCAUAAACAACACUUAUCGAGCUGGGAAGAUUCUUGGCGUAGAAGAAAUACCAUCGUACAAGUUGCCUAAGAAGAAGAACCAGAAAGACGUCUAUUGCAAUAUUGGGCUUACGAUUGAUGCUGGAAAGCGUGUAAUCAAUCAGUGGCCAAUUGUGAAUGUAUCAAACAGCUCUUUGAGGCAGGAGGAGUUUGAGACAUUCGUAGAGGAGUAUUCUGUGACCAGGGAGCUGUUUGCUGGAAUUCUGAGGAAGACGAAGAAGGCAAAGGAGGAGUUGACGAGGAACCUGACUGACCUGGAAAUCACAGACUAUUUAAACAGAAAAGCAAGGGCGAAUCCAAGAAAAGAGAGUACGACACUGCUUAAGAUGAGGCUGAUUAAAAGACGAGACAAUGCGAUUCAGCGAAAGAACAAGAAGGAGGCUGAAGAGGCACAGCGGGAGUUAGAGGAGAUUGAGGACCAGGAGUAUCUGGAGCGAUUCAAGAACAUUCACGACAAGGAAGUGCUGGACCAGUGGAUGGAGAAGAGGCGCGAGGCGAGCGUAACGAGCGUGAAGAAGCUCGGGGAGAAGGAAGUUGAGAAGUAA